UCUGAAACAGAGAAACCAAAGAACCUAAAAAAAAAAAAACACAUCUUUUGUGAAAAAUUUCAAACUUUUUAUUUGCCAUUUUUGGUAAAACAAAAACACAUCAAGAAACAGAACAUAAACAGAGUAUUUUUACUUACUUGUUCACCACUACAAAAAUAAAAAUGGCUGCUUCUUCAGAUCUUUAUAUAUUUGAUGGCUCAUCUUCAUCUUCUUCUUCAAUAUUCCGAAACUCAAGUCCAGAAAUGUUUUCUUCAGACACAACAACAACAACUACAGACCUGUUCUGUAACAACGAGCUCUACUCUGUUGACGAAUCACUCAGCAUUUUUGACCAUUUCACCCCACAAAACAUCCUCUCUUCAUCUCCUCCAAGUGAUCUUCUCGGAACAUUAAGCCUCUCUCAGCAAAUUCCCACCGGAAUGUAUCCAAACUUCUCAGAUUUCCAAAUCUCGGACGCCGUCAAAACAGAGAACUUCUUCGAUCAGACCUCGUCAAUGGCACGAAGCUACAGUGCAAUAGAGAAUGCAGGGAGAUAUAUGCAGAGAAGCUUUAGCAGCAACUCGGUCGAAGGGAAACCAAAUCAGCUUCCGUUCAAUAUUCCGGUGAUGGAUUCUUCAAAUCUUCAUUAUAAUACCUUGAGCUCGCCGGAAAAUGCCUUCUUUUCUGGUCAGAUGCGACGAGUCUACAGCACAGGAGAUUUACAGAACAAUUUCGAAAUGCAGAGAUCGUCGGAGAACUCGACGGAACAUAAUAACUUCAAGGUAGGGCGUUAUAGUGCAGAAGAACGUAAAGAGAAAAUAUCAAAGUAUAGAGCUAAACGAAACCAGAGAAACUUUACCAAAACUAUUAAGUAUGCAUGCCGGAAAACGUUGGCGGACAGUAGACCUAGAAUACGUGGUAGAUUCGCACGCAAUGACGAAGUUGUAGAAAUCCCCAACAUUGAAGACGAUGACUCCGACCUUUGGAAAUUGGAUGGGCUGCAUGAGAAAGAUCAGGAAGCUUCUAUUACUAUGAGUAGCUUUAUGGUGCAACAGCCUCUUUUGCAAUACUCAGCUUCUUCUACCUUUUUCUGGUGAAAGACUCUUAAUUAUAAGACGAAGGGUUCAAUAUUUUUUUCACUUUCUUUGAAAGACUCAUCUGAAUGGAAAAUUUCUGAUAUAUAACUCGAGUU